UUUUUGUUUCAUGUAUCAUUUCAGGCGGCCACCUUGUUACAGUGUAGUAUUUUUCUCCUUCGCGUGUUCUAAGUCUUCCAUGAAUUUCAUGCAUAGCGCGCCCCACUUGAGGUGUACUCGAAUCUAGAUCCUUACUUCGUUCUACUUACUACUUAGUUCUUUAUUUUCGCUAUCCAUCAACAUCAUCAGCAAAACUAACCAAUGUCCACCCGCCGAUUCGCCGUCGUGUCCGACAAGAACCGCCAAUGGGUUUUUCGGCCAGCCGAAGCGCGAGACGCUGCGAUAAUUUCUGAAAGGAUUUGGUCCCAGUGGGCAGGGUUCGCACGUGCGUAUGGGCUGCUCUCCAUGGAAGACGUCAAGUGCUACAUGGAGACUGUGGCCGCGAAUGCCGAAGACUUCGCAGCGCGGCAAGUAGACGAGCGAGAAAGAAGUGGUAAAAAUUCUGCGGCAAGGACCCAGCAGGGAGGGGACCUAGUGAACGAAGAUCGUCGUGGUCCUGUAGAAGAACAAAAUCAUAUCUCUGUCACAGACGGCGCAUCUUCAUCCACUUAUCGCAGUCGAGAAGAGGUUCUGAGCCUCCUGCCUCUCUUCUUUGUCGUGGCGGAGGUUAGCGUUAGCGACGCGGGCGGCCAGGACAAUGAGCAGGAUACAAUGGAAAAGGUGAACAAUCAAGACCAAAAGAUCGUCGCCCACAUCGGGCUCGACGACGGAGACCUGCCGGCGGGCGAGCGCAACGCCGCCGGCGAAUAUUCAGUCGACCUGCAGUUUCGGCCGUGGUUGACGGACUUGUACGUGGUCCCAGAGUAUCGGAACAAAGGAGUCGCGACGUUCCUCGUUUCGAACGUCCUGCGGUUCUAUGAAAGGGAAAUUAUUAAUAUGCGCAUACAACAGUCACAGCCUGAAGAUCUUCCCGCAGGUGGCGAAAGUAGAACGUCGACUACAUGCGACCUCGCUGGCUGGCCGUGGCUGUCGUUGUGGUCGCAUAUGGAAGAGACCUGGCUGCGCGAAUGGUACAGCAAAAAAUUCGGCUUUCGGUACGAAGACGAAGUGAGCUACACAACAGAAACGGCCGAUGGGAACGUGCUAACGCACAUUUCGAGUAUAGCCCGGAAGGACUUUUUACCACUUGUCGAGGAGAAGAGAUAA